AUGCCUGAGUCAACGCUCACACAAAAUAUCAAAACGGCCCAGAAUGGUGAAGAUGCCAGCCAACCUCUGGGCCGCUCAGUCUCACGCAGCCAGACGGCAGCAUUCUCAACCUCACCAGUAGAAAGGUUUCGAAGACCGUCAACGACCAGCUACAGCCAUGAGGGGACAUCGCCUCUGAUGCGCCGAAUGACAACGCAACAUGGCGCCCCGCCAAAGCAGUUGAAGCCGUUUAGAGAACAGGACAUCAAGAUACUGCUGCUCGAGAACGUCAAUGUGACUGGCAUCGAGAUCCUGAAGGAGCAGGGCUACCAGGUCGAGGCGAUCAAGAGCAGUCUACAAGAAGAUCAGUUGAUCGAGAAGAUCAAAGACGUCCACGUCCUCGGCAUCCGCUCCAAAACCAAGCUAACCUCGCGCGUCCUCGCCGCCGCCAAAAACCUCAUCGUCGUCGGCUGCUUCUGCAUCGGCACCAACCAAGUCGACCUCACCUACGCCGCCGCCCACGGCAUCUGCGUCUUCAACUCGCCCUUCAGCAACUCGCGCUCCGUCGCCGAGCUCAUCAUCGGCGAAAUCAUAUGCCUCGCCCGCCAGCUCGCCGACCGCUCCAACGAAAUGCACGCCGGCACCUGGAACAAAGUCAGUGCCCGCUGUUGGGAGAUCCGCGGCAAGACGCUGGGUAUUGUCGGCUACGGCCACAUCGGGUCGCAGCUCUCUGUCUUGGCCGAAUCAAUGGGCAUGGACGUAAUCUACUACGACGUCGUAAACCUUAUGGCCAUGGGCAACUCCCGCCAAGUCCCCACCCUCGACGCCCUCCUCGAACGCGCCGACUUUGUCACCCUACACGUCCCCGAGAUCCCGGAGACCACAAAUCUAAUAGCCAAAGAACAACUCGACCGCAUGAAGAGAGGCGCCUACCUCCUCAACGCCUCCCGCGGCAAAGUCGUCAAGAUUCCCGACCUCAUCGACGCAAUGCGCUCCGGCCACAUCGCCGGCGCCGCCCUCGACGUCUACCCGCACGAACCAGCCGGCAACGGCGACUACUUCACCUCCGACCUCAACUCCUGGGCCUCUGAACUCCGCAGCCUCAAGAAUAUCAUUCUUACCCCACACAUUGGCGGCAGCACCGAAGAAGCUCAAUCCGCCAUCGGCAUCGAAGUCGCCGAGGCCCUCGUCAAGUACAUCAACGAGGGCGUCACGUUGGGGGCGGUAAACAUGCCCGAGGUCGCCCUCAGGAACAUCACAAUGGACGAGCCGAACCAUGCGCGCGUCAUCUUCGUGCACCAGAACGUGCCUGGCGUGUUGAGGAGAGUCAAUGAGAUCUUGGGCGGGCAUAACGUGGACAAGCAGAUGACGGAUAGCAAAGGCGAUGUGGCGUACCUGAUGGCAGAUGUUAGUCGGGUGAAAGAGGAGGAGGUGAGGGGGCUGUAUGGGGAGUUGGAGGGAUUAAAGGAACGGAUCUUGACCAGGGUGCUAUACUAG